CAUACCUAACAAUUUACAAUUUCCUUAAUAACACCAUCAUGAAUCAAUGUGAGCACAUUUACCUUGUCUUACAAGAUUUGUAUGUAUUGUGGACCCCUCUAUCCAAUAAUUCCACAAUGCAUAAUUUAAGAUCACCAUACUUGUGCUUUCUUCCUAUUCCAAAAUACCUUUUACACAAAUGUCAAAUUACACAAGGUUCCAAAAGUAAGAAGUUGGUAAGUUCUUACUUUUCUGCCAGGUUAGGGAAAAUGAAAAAGUCUCAUGAAAAAAGUUUCACAGAAUCUGCACCAGUAUCAUAAAUGGAGGGUGUCAUCUGUAUGAUCCAAUAUCAAAAUGUUCAAACACAUUUUCUCAUUUAAGACUUAGCUACCCCACUUUUUCCCUUCUCUUCCUAUUAAUUACCCUUCUUUAUCUCACUCAUCAACCUUUCUCUCUAUCUUAUUUAAAUCUCCACACAACAGGAAUGCUUUUCUCCAACAUGUUAAAUUUACCCUGAUCAUCUCAAACCUCUCUCCAACGCCAACAACAACAACAACAAUGGCAAGAAAAUCCUUAGCCUGCUCCUUGCUUUUGGGGAUGGCUUGUUCCAUAGUAAUUGGUGCAUAUGAAGACAGCUUGUAUCCCAGAACAAUUUCCAGUGACAAUUAUCAUGAAGCAAUACAACGUUUGCAGUCAUUUAAGUCCUCUUUAACUACACCUGAUUCCAUUGCUUCUGCACCAUCUUUAUCACCCUUCUCAUCUCUUUCUGCUCCUGUUCCUGUUCCUGCUCCUUCUCCUCUCUCACUUCAGGGAGUGAACUAUCCACGUGUGUACCAUGUAACAUCUUAUGGUGCGGAUCCAACUGGUAGUUCAGAUAGCACUGAAGCACUCCUUGCAGCCAUAGAAGAUGCAGCCAAGGGUCCCAGUGAAGGAUAUUUGAUGCAAGGCAUCAAAAAUCUUGGAGGCUCCCAGAUUAAUCUUGAGGGUGGAAAUUACUUGAUCAGCCAGCCACUGCGGUUGCCGGUGGCCGGAGUGGGGAACCUUAUGAUACAUGGGGGGACGAUAAGAGCCUCAGAUGGUUUUCCAGCAGAUAGCUAUAUCAUUGAUUUGUCACCCUCUUCCAACGAAGGAAACAUAAAUAGUUCUUCAGAUUCCUACAAUUUUGAGUACAUAACUCUCAAAGAUCUCUUGUUGGACUCAAACUUUAGGGGAGGAGGCAUUUCAGUGAUAAACUCACUUCGGAUUAGCAUAGACAAUUGUUACAUCACACAUUUCACCACUAAUGGAAUUUUAGUGGAAAAAGGCCAUGAAACCUACAUCAGAAACACUUUCCUUGGUCAGCAUAUAACUGCUGGUGGGGACAAAAAUGAAAGAAACUUCUCAGGCACAGGAAUAAACCUCCAGGGUAAUGACAAUGCCGUCACAGAUGUUGUAAUUUUCUCUGCUGCUAUAGGAAUAAUUGUUACUGGUCAAGCCAACGCAUUUUCUGGUGUACAUUGUUACAACAAGGCCACUGGCUUUGGAGGUACAGGGAUUUAUUUGAAACUACCUGGAUUAACACAAACUAGAAUUGUGAAUUCUUACAUGGAUUACACGAAUAUCGUGGUUGAAGACCCUGUUCAGUUCCAUGUUUCUAGUUGUUUCUUCCUUGGUGAUGCCAACAUUGUCCUAAAGUCUAAGAAUGGGGUUAUAAAUGGUGUUGAUAUUGUUGAUAACUUGUUCUCGGGUUCCGAUCAUGGGGUUGAAAUUGUUCAGCUGGACCAAUCCAAUAAUCCUUUCCAUCAAAUUGAACGAGUUACUGUUGACAGAAACAAUGCAAGAGGGAUGAAGUUAAAGGCCACAGUUGCAAAAGGGUCCAUGCAAGGGAAUGGAACCUCAUGGACCGUUGAUUUUAACAAUGUUUUACUUUUUCCCAACCUUAUAAAACAUGUUCAGUACUCUCUAAGCACCCCUGGCAGUACCUUCCCGAAUCAUAUUCUACGGAAUGUGUCUGAGAAUCGUGUUGUGAUUGAAACAAACGAAGCAGUGCCUGCCAGUGUUUUUGUAACGGUGGAUCAAAGUGAGACAAGUUGAAGAUGGUUGGAAGCUGGUGACCAAAAACUUUGGUCAAGAGUCUUGGCUCAAGAGGGAAUUGUGCAUACCUUAAUUGUGAACUUUUUCUUUCUUUUGAUCAAUUUAAAGUAAUAGUACCAUAUACUGAACACUGCUAUAGGUUUAGAAGAUUCAAAUAGACUCAGCCACACAUUAUUAUAUUGUAAUUGAAAGAAAAGCAUUCCAUAGAAGAUAUACUUCUUCAACAGUUCGUUUUUGUAAAACUAAUCUCAGGUUGAAUCAGUACCACAAUCUUUUCACACUGUUGAUAUAAAAAUCUCAUUUAACUAUUCCAUCAAAAGUUUUAUGGUGUGUAAUGAGUACAGAAUCUAAAAAUCUCAAUCGCUUGAAAGUAGGCUUAGAAAAUAAUUACAAAAAUGUUCUUUCUAGAAAAUUUCAACCAUUUUUUCUAUUUAAACCCAAGUUCCAAAAUGCUCAAUAGAAAGACUGAUGGCUACCUACUAACCAAUGGUUCGUGAUUUUUGCCCCAUCUUUUGUUCUGCACCCUAGAAAAAGUCUCAUCUCUCUUUUGAUACAGAACAAGAAAAUUAAAUAUUGUACGUGCCAAUCUGGGAAAUAAAUUUUGAAUUGGGCUGAUCUAAAAGAAAAAAAAAUUGAAUUGGGCUGAUCUUUAUAUUUGCACUGUCUGCACUUUUUGUAACUUUUUUUUAAAAAAAAAUGCUUCUUUACGAAAAUUAAUUUAUAUUAAAUAUAACUACAUGGUAAAAUCUAGUUUCGAAAUAGGGAAUCAUAAUAUUUUUCAAAUUGUGCCAUCUAAAAAUCUGAAAAAAAUAAAUCUUUUUCAAGAACCCAUAUAUGUACAUAAAAUAAAGCACAUGGGGAGGAAGAAAUUCUUAUACUAUGUUUGACUCUCAAACAUGCAAGACAAACAACAUUUUCGAAGAAAACCAGAAUAGUACAUAUAAAACAAUUCCAAAUGACUCAAAAAGUGACAUAUAAAACAUUGGAUUGACUCAUGGUGCUCCCUGUAUAUAUGUUUCCUGGUAGAAGUUGGGAGAUCAUGGAUUUGAAUACUGCACCAGUCUUUCCCUUCCUCUUAAAAGAACCAUGAUUUUGCGUUUGGUUGUUACCUUGGAAAUUUAAUGUGACAUUGCAACCUGUGCAACGUGUAGCAUGUGGAUGAACAGGUUAUAGAACUAGAAAAGACAGCUCCAUUUCAGGUCUUAGAUUUUGGGUUUAAUGUUAGGAUGAAGUUGGACGUGACAUGAUAACCAUCUGGUGUGAGAAACCAAACAUGCACCUAACUUGAUCGUGUCACGUAUUAAGAACUAGAAAAGAGGGUUCUGCUUGGAGUCGAAGCAAGCAAGAAUAUUGGAAAAGUCCUUCACACCUAUCGCUCCUUCCAUGACGUCUCUUAGACUCAAACUCA